UUCAUUUUAAUAAUAAAAUUAAAGUAAGAAAAUGGAUCCUAUGUACAUUGCACUGAGUUAUUACAGAAGGCGUAAAUUUGAUGAAUGCAUUGAAGUCUGUACAAAACUAUUGACUAAAAAUCCAUAUGAUCAGGGAGCGUGGGUAUUAAAAACUAGAGCAUUAACCGAACAAAUUUAUGUAGACGAGGUGGAGGUUGAUGAGGAAGGAAUUGCAGAAAUGCUAAUGGAUGAUACAGCAAUUGCUCAAGUUGCAAGGCCAGGAACUUCACUGAAGAAACCUGGAACUAGUGCUAAUGGACCGAGUCAGUCUGUCAGACCAAUGUCACAAUCUGGACGUCCAUUAUCUGGCUUUAUCAGACCAGGAACUCAAGGAGGACGACCUGGAACGAUGGAGCAAGCAAUGAAAACUCCUAGAACUGCCACUACAGCGAGACCUGUUACAACUGCGUCAGGAAGAUUUGUACGCUUAGGAACUGCCUCCAUGUUAUCUCAACCAGAUGGCCCAUUUAUUAACUUAUCGAAAAUAAAUUUUGCAAAGUAUGCCAAACGGCCAAACUUGUCAAAGGCAUUAUUUGAAUAUAUUUUUCUGCAUGAGAAUGAUGUGAGAAACGCAUUACAACUUGCUGCUAUGGCAACAGAAGCUUCUGGGUAUAAAGAUUGGUGGUGGAAGGUUCAGUUAGCGAAAUGUUAUUACAGACUGGGAUUAUACCGAGAUGCAGAAAAACAGUUGAAAUCAGCGUUACGUGAUGAAGAUGUGGUGGAUACGUAUUUGUAUCUAUGCAAAGUCUAUGUGAAACUGGACCAACCACUAACAGCUAUAGAAGUCUUCUUGAAGGGCUUGGAACGAUUUCCAAAAGAAACAACUUUACUAACUGGUAUUGCUAGAAUAUAUGAGGGUAUGAACGAUAUUGCGAAUGCAGUGAAGUACUACAAAGAAGUUCUACAAAGCGAUAACACGCAUGUAGAAGCUAUCUCUUGUAUUGCAACCAAUCACUUUUAUUCUGAUCAACCAGAAGUGGCACUCAAAUUCUUCAGACGUUUAUUGCAAAUGGGCGUAUAUAACACAGAGAUUUUCAAUAAUAUUGGUCUUUGUUGUUUUUACGCCCAGCAGUAUGAUAUGGCGUUAAGUUGUUUUGAGAGGGCGUUGGCUUUAUCAUCAGAUGAAACGAUGGGAGAUAUUUGGUACAAUAUCAGUCACAUAGCUGUUCGUAUCGGAGAUUUACGCUUGGCAUAUCAAUGUCUACGACUCGCUCUAGCUUCUGAUAACGAUCAUUCAGAAGCAUAUAAUAAUUUGGGAGUGCUUGAACUAAGAAGAGGGAACGUGGAAGAGGCGCGUUCUCACUUCCAGUCAUCGAUUAAUCUGGCAGAACAUAUGUACGAACCACAUUAUAAUCUCGCCCAUCUUUCUGAUAAGAUUGGAGAUUUACAAACAGGUUUUCGUUCGAUUAAACGUUCAACGGAUGCAUUUCCUGAACAUUCUGAAGGAAAAGAUUUAUUUGCUUCCCUAAAAAUAAAAUUGUCAGCUGUGUGAGAUUUUAUCCAGUCAACCACCUGUUGUGGUUAUGACCAAUCACAUGACGGUAUUUAGGACAUUCUUUUCUCGCGUGUCUUUUUAUGUAUAUCAACGUUUGUAAAUACUUAUAAAUAUAUAAUAUAUAAAAGAUACUUUCGA